CGACUUCCUGAUUCUCCCGGGCUUCAUUGAUUUUACCUCAGACGAUGUGGACCUGACCUCUGCCCUGACCAAUGCCCUGAAGACGCCUCUCAUCUCCUCCCCCAUGGACAGUCACAGGUGUGAUGCCAUCGCCAUGGCGCUCAUGGGAGGCAUCGGCCUCAUCCAUCACAACUGCACCCCUGAAUUCCAAGCCAAGGGUCCAAAGAGGUUUGAGCAGGGCUUCAUCACAGACCCUCUUAUGUAGGCCCCCCGUCACACGGGGGACGUGUUCGAGGGCAAGACUCGCCACGGCUUCUCUGGCAUCCCUGUCACCGAGACUGGCAAGAUGGGCAGCAAGCUGGUGGGCAUCAUCACCUCCAGAGCAUCGACUUCCUCUCCGAGGAAGGACCACAGCCGACCACUGGAGGCCAUGACUAAGAGGGAGGAGCUAGUGGUGAGUGGCCCAGCCGGUGUCACGCUGAAGAGGCUAACGACAUUCUACGCGAAGCAAAAAGGCAAGCUGCCCAUCGUGAAUGACAGUGAUGAGCUGGUGUCCAUCAUCGCCAGGACAGACUUGAAGAAGAACAGACCCCUGGCCUCCAAAGACUCUCGCAAACAGCUGCUGUGCGGAGCCGCCAUCGGCACCAGGGACGACGACAAGUACAGACUGGACCUACUGAUGCAGGCUGGGGUCGACGUGGUCGUACUGGAUUCCUCACAAGGCAACUCUGUGUAUCAGGUCAACAUGAUCAACUACAUCAAACAGAAGUACAGCGAGCUGCAGGUGGUGGGAGGGAACGUGGUGACAGCAGCCCAGGCCAAGAACCUGAUUGAUGCAGGAGUGGACGCUCUGCGAGUGGGCAUGGGCUGUGGCUCCAUCUGUAUCACCCAGGAAGUGAUGGCAUGCGGGCGGCCUCAGGGCACCUCGGUGUAUAAGGUGGCAGAGUAUGCUAGAGCGUUUGAUUAUAUGCCAGUCAUCGCAGACGGCAUUCAGACCGUGGGCCACGUGGUCAAGGCUCUCUCACUCGGGGCAUCCACAGUAAUGAUGGGCUCGUUGCUAGCGGCGACCACGGAGGCUCCGGGGGAGUACUUCUUCUCGGACGGCGUGCGGCUGAAGAAGUACCGCGGCAUGGGCUCUCUGGACGCCAUGGAGAAGAGCACCAGCAGCCAGAAACGCUACUUCAGGUAGGGAGGACAUCACACACUAGAGCUGCAUUCCAAAUCACAUCCUAUUCCCUGGCCUGUAUAGUGCACUACUUCUGACCAGGGGCCAUAGGGAAUAGGGUGCCAUUUGGGACGUAGACUAACUCUUGAUCAGACAUUAAAAUUCAUAGGAGGGUUGGAAUGAAGACCAGGUAAACAAAGUUAUUGCACAUCAACAGUUGCUGUUAAUUAAAAACUUUUUAUGGCUGGGGGGCAGUAUUGAGUAGCUUGGAUGAAUAAGGUGCCCAAAGUAAAUGGCCUGCUCCUCAGUCACAGUUGCUAAUAUAUUAAUAUUAUUAGUAGUAUUGGAUAGAAAACACUCUGAAGUUUCUAACACUGUUUGAAUGAUGUCUGUGAGUAUAACAGAACUCAUAUGAGCAAAAACCUGAGGAGAAAUCAAAACAGGAAGUGAGAUCUGAGGUUGGUAUGUACUCAACACAGUUCCCAUUGAAAUCCCCUUGAGAUAUUAAUGAAGAUUCACUUCCUAGGGCUUCCACUAGAUGUCAACCGUCUAUAGAAAUUUGAAUGAGACUUCUACUGUGUUGUGAGACUGAAUGAGAGCAGAAUGAAUCAGGUGUCUGGCAGUCAGCCAUUUUCUGGUCACAUUUCACAUGAUAGGGACCUGCGUUCCAUGGCUCCUGAAGACACAAAGGAAUACUCCGGUUGGAACUUUAUUGAAUAUUAAUGAUAAAAACGUCCUACGGAUUGAUUCUGUACUUAGCUUGAAAUGUUUCUUCGACCUGUAAUAUAACUUUCUGAAGUUUUUGUCCGACUGACCAGAACGAGCGUUUGGAUAUGUAUACCAAACGCGCUAACAAAAGUAGCUAAUUGGACAUAAAUAACGGACAUUAUCGAACAAAUCAAGCAUUUAUUGUGUACCUGGGAUUCCUUGGAGUGCAUUCUGAUGAUCAUCAAAGGUAAGGGAAUAUUUAGCAUGUAAUUUAUGGUUUAUGUUGACUACAACAUGGCAGCUAAUUUGACUUGAUUGUUCUGAGUGCCGUCU